UUCACCGGCCGCCGCCGUCGGUUGCAAUGGCCGGCGGCGAGCUGGACGUGGAUAGCGCGCUGGAGCAGUUGCUCGCUGCGAAAGGACAGCCGACAACUAGACAGGUUCAGUUAUCGGAGCAGCAGAUCCGGGCUUUAUGCAGCGCCGCUCGCGAGAUCUUCCUGUCUCAACCGAUGCUCCUGGAACUUGCUGCUCCUGUCAACAUAGUAGGCGACAUCCACGGACAGUUCAGUGAUCUGCUACGACACCUGGAUGCUCUCGGUUGUCCACCCAAUGCAAACUACCUCUUCCUAGGGGAUUAUGUGGAUAGAGGCAAGCAGUCCUUGGAAACCAUAUGCCUAGUGUUAGCUUUCAAAGUGAAAUACCCGGACAACUUCUUCCUUCUUCGAGGAAACCAUGAGUGUGCUUCAAUAAAUAGGAUCUACGGGUUUUACGACGAAUGCAAGCGACGGUACAGUAUCAAACUAUGGAAGACGUUUACAGACUGUUUCAACUGCCUGCCAGUAGCUGCCCUAGUCGAAGGUACCAUCUUCUGCAUGCAUGGUGGCCUUUCACCAGAUCUGCUUAGUCUUAACCAACUGCGAGACCUGCCGAGACCGACGGAUGUGCCCAACCACGGUCUGCUCUGUGAUCUGCUAUGGUCCGAUCCCGACGAGGACAUCACGGGGUGGGGUGAAAACGAUCGCGGCGUGUCCUACACGUUCGGCGGCGACGUUGUCAGGGCAUUUCUCGAAAAGCACGGAUGCAGCCUCGUCGUGCGGGCUCAUCAGGUCGUCGAAGACGGCUACCAGUUCUUCCAGAAACGGCAGUUAGUAACAGUGUUCAGUGCACCGAACUACUGCGGGGAGUUCGACAAUGCUGGGGCUGUCAUGAGCGUAUCCGAAGACCUCACCUGCUGGUUCACAGUGUUGCCGCCAGACGCCAAGAGGAUAGAGUCAAAGCCGACGGACCGAGGACCAGCAGCUCGUCUGCGUAGACUAUCCAAGUGAACCUUCUAGAAGCACAUUUUCGGAGGAUACAUCUUUAUGCCCAUUGUUGUACAUCAAUAAUAAAUCUAUAUGCCAUUC